GGCUGGCUAGUGUUUGGCGGUGUGUCUGUGGCUGUGUUUCAGCUCUGCUCGUGUUGAUAACGACACUCUUCGGACGCAUUUCAUCGCGCAGAGAUGGGAAUGUUGAAGAAAUGGCUCUAAGAGAAGUUGCCCUAACGCUGCUGGCCCUGUGCGGGUUAGUGGCCGUCGGUGAAGCGUUACGUUGUAACUGCACAAACUGUGAAAAGACCGCUUUUGAAUGCGAAACAGAUGGCGCCUGCAUGGCCUCCACAUACUACAUCGAGGAGAAGAAGCAACAUGUACGCAUCUGUAUCAACCGGGACAAUCUGGUCCCCCCAGGACAACCUUUCUACUGUCUGAGCGCUGAAGGCCUGCUCAACACGCAUUGCUGCUAUUCAGAUUACUGCAACAGUAUUGAAGUCCCUGUCCCAACAAAGGAGGGGGACUGGUCCACCUCAGCCUCCUGGGGGCCGGUGGAGCUGGUGGCAGUCAUUGCGGGGCCGGUGUUCCUUCUCUGUGUGCUGCUGAUGGUCGGAGUGUUCCUGUUCCAGCAUCACCAGAGGGCCUAUAGCCACAGGCAGAGGCUAGAGGUAGAGGACCCGUCCUGUGAUCAUCUGUACAUGGCCAAGGACAAGACCCUGCAGGACCUCAUCUACGACAUGUCCACUUCUGGAUCAGGCUCUGGUUUGCCCCUGUUCGUGCAGAGGACGGUGGCUAGGACCAUCGUACUGCAGGAGAUCAUAGGAAAGGGUCGGUUUGGUGAGGUGUGGAGGGGGAAGUGGAGGGGAGGAGAUGUGGCGGUGAAGAUCUUCUCCUCCAGAGAGGAGCGCUCGUGGUUCAGAGAGGCUGAGAUCUACCAGACAAUCAUGCUGCGCCACGAGAACAUCCUGGGAUUCAUUGCAGCAGACAAUAAAGACAAUGGUACAUGGACACAGCUGUGGCUAGUGUCAGACUAUCAUGAGCACGGCUCUCUCUUCGACUACCUGAACCGCUACUCUGUCACCAUCGAGGGGAUGAUCAAACUGGCCCUGUCGGCAGCCAGCGGACUGGCUCAUCUACACAUGGAAAUCCUCGGCACCCAGGGUAAGCCUGGCAUUGCUCACCGUGACCUCAAGUCUAAAAAUAUCCUGGUUAAGAAGAAUGGCAUGUGUGCCAUAGCUGACCUCGGCCUGGCAGUCCGCCACGAGUCCAUCACAGACACAAUCGAUAUAGCUCCGAACCAGCGCGUGGGCACAAAGAGGUAUAUGGCUCCAGAAGUCCUGGACGAAACCAUCAACAUGAAACACUUUGACUCCUUCAAGUGUGCUGACAUUUAUGCGCUAGGCCUGGUGUACUGGGAGGUUGCGCGUCGCUGCAAUGCAGGAGGUAUCCACGAGGAGUACCAGCUGCCCUACUACGACCUCGUGCCCUCGGACCCCUCCAUAGAGGAGAUGAGGAAGCUGGUGUGUGACCAGAAACUGAGGCCCAAUGUGCCCAACUGGUGGCAGAGCUACGAGUCACUGCGUGUGAUGGGGAAAAUCAUGAGGGAGUGCUGGUAUGCCAAUGGAGCAGCCAGACUGACGGCCCUGCGCAUCAAAAAGACCCUCUCUCAGCUCAGCGUGGAGGAGGACGUCAAGAUGUGAGCGGUCUGGCGCUGACCUCCAGAAAACACUCCCAUAGGAAACAAACACUAAAGACAAACUGCAAAUGAAAACCCUGCCAGUUUUAAAGCCACACUCCAAGUUGUGACGAGGCCUACCUCAUCUUUUUAGCCAAAACUACUGAGUCAUCCUUCCCCUUCUGACUUUUCUCUCCCCCUGCCUCCUUUUGUUCCUCGUGUCUCCUCCCUGUUCCCCUUCUACCGCCCCUACUCCAUGGGCCACAGCACUACCACUGUUAACAUCAUCACACUCAAAACUUUUUUUAGUUUUCAUUUCCCAUGGCAGGAAUUAUUACUAUUGUACAGUGAUGGGAUAUUUUUCUUUUUGUUCUUUUUUUACCUCUGAAAUAUGUCCCAUGAUGGACUUACCUUGUCCUCAAAAGCCGGGAAUGUUUUAAGUUUAAGAAUAAUGACACUUCUUAUUCUGUCGGCAAUGCAUCGUGACAUUGUGUUGCUGUGAAUGUGUGUGUUUGUAAGGGGGAAGGACGCCAAAGCACUGUUUCUAGUGGUGUGUAAUGGUGUCUGGACUAGUAGCAUGUUUCAAAGACACCAAGAUGCCCUCUGGUAUAGGCUGUAGCGUGUUAGACAAAUCCUGUAAUGGGAGAUUUGGUAAUUAAGCAUGAAAAGCAAUUUUUUUGCUCUUUGAUCCCACAGAAAGGAGUUGCACUCUAUACUGUAGCUUCCACACUGUGUGACACCUGCAGGUAUCGCAUAACAGAUGUGGUCCAGUCCAGUUGUUGAUUUGGCAGGGAUAAUGUUUGGGAUGGUUUUACUUUUUAUUUAUUUGUGCAUAUUUUUUAUUUCAUAUUAAUGAACACUGUGAGAUGUGACAAGCCAGAAUCUAAUAUGAUAUGAAAAUUACUGUUGUAGUUCAAUCCAGGUUUGACCAUCUUUCAGACCUUAGAUGAAGGGGUUGUUGCAUUCAUUGUAAUAAGAUACUGAGUGCUAACAUGGAUGUAGCCAUAACCCCUGUUGGUGACAGGCGAAGACAUUGUGAUCAUGAGCUGUGUUUUUAAUAUUUUUUAGUUUUGUGUAUAAAAAAAAUCAUGAUGGGUGUUUUUCUUUUGACGUUGACAUUAGAAACUACUGAUAAUAGGUACAUAUGAUUUGUAUAUAAAAUAUGCUUUUUUCCCCCCCCUUUUUAUGCCAGAAGCACCAGUGUGACAUUUGAACAUUGAUUUUGCUUAAAUGCAACUUUUUCUUUUCUUUUGAUCUGUCUGCAUGGUUCCUAACUGUGCCAGGAAAUAGACAUUCAUCUGCUGGAGUUUCAUAGCAGUUUGGUGGUACUACUGAUCCCAGAUAAUUUGCUGCAACCUUUUUUUAUUUUUUUAUGUACAAGUGUUGGAAUUGCUUGUGGAGUUCACUAAUGCAGAUCUGUAUAAUGUGCUCCGGGGUGACAUCUCUUUCUCAUUGACACUGGAAUAUUUAGGAACGUCAUGUAACCUUUAAUUCUGAUACUGCCAAAGGCUAUUUAUUCAGAAAUACACAAGGCUGCUGAGCGUUCGCACACAGGGAACAUACGGUUAGAUGUGAAAAGUAGUUGAGACGUUUUACCUUCAAAGACUGACAUGCUCUUAAGUGUAACUGCAUGUUUUCAUUAUACUUCUGCAGCUUGUCUAUCUGCUACAAAACUAUGAAAGUAUUACACUGACAUUUGUCACUGUUGGGCUCUGCACUGUUAUGUCCACAUAGACUUGAGUUAAUGUUAGUAGUGUCAUCACUUUAUCCAGAAUCCAUGUGUCAUGUUAGAAUCAAUUGUUGCAUGCUGUCUCAAACACUGGGUCUUCUGCACUGAGUAGAACUUCAAAAAUAUCCCUCUUCCUACCUGUUGUUUUCUUCCUUUUUGUUCGGGUCGUUGGCUGUGUACCCCAGACAUGUUGCUGCUACUGUUAACAUGGGUGGAAGUUCAGCGUGACGAACAGAGAAGAAGAGCUGGCAGAGAAAACGGAGACACGUUGUCAGUUGAACCAAAAUUGUCAAAACACUACUUUCCAUGUUUGGUUUGUUGCCAUUAUGAACGUCAGACAUCCUGUUCUUAAAAAAAAUCAUGUUGUGCAAAUCUUUUCAGAACAUGUUGAAAAGUGUAUAUAGAUUAUAUACAAUAAAUUCCUCUUUUUCUUA